GCAUCUGCUGAUGCACACGGCUCUGGAAGUGUCGCCUUUUCCCUUGUUCGAAAAGGAAAAUAAAGAGUAAGUUGUCCACCUCUUUCUGUCUCUCUCCCACCUCCUUCGUUAGCGGAAGCAAGAGGGCAAAGAGGGAACGGUGAGCUUAAUAGUAGCAUCGGCACGAGCUUGAAAGAAGACCCAUAAUGAAGUGUGUUGUGUGUGAGGCGGAGAAGGCGAACUACCGGUGCCGAACGUGCCGCUCUGCGUACUGCUCGUCUGCUUGCUACAAGAGGCAUCGCAUGUCGAGGGAAGAAGCGGAAGCCGUGGCAGCUGCCACUCAUGUGGUAAAAGACGAGGACAGCACGGCAGGGGCUACGGCAGCGAAGUCGUACGCCUCAAAUCUGGACUACCUCUGUGAGAACAUCACAGCGGCGCAGCAGCCAGAAAUGGAGCGCGAGACGAAGCGGCAACGCACCGAGGCGGAGGCGGACGUCUUCUCCGAUCUCUCGCGCGAGAAGGCUUCAGCGAGCGGCCAGCGUGCCCGUCCAGGCGAAGCGCCCUCCGCCGCCUCCUCCCCGUUAACGACGAUGGCAACACUGCCGGUGUCACCCAGCAGCAAUAGCACCACCACCACUGCAGCAGCAUCAGCUACGGAAUCGAAUCCAGCGUUGCAGCCACAGCCGCAGUGCUCUGAUGACAAGCAGCAGCAAGGUCAAGAAGAGGAAACGAAGGAGAGUGCAGCGGCAGCAUUGCAGCCACAGCAGGCCGCCUCGACAGGACCAGCCACAACAGACAGGAAAGAGGAAGAGGAAGUGGCCGUAGACGCGGAUGCGGUGUACAUACUCCAGGAAAAGCACCUCCGUGCGCUGGUCAGCGACUCCAACGUCCGGAAUGCGCUGCGGAGUCCGUUGCUGCAGAAGUUAAUCCGCACAAUUGAUUCAAGCCGUUCCCGCUUAGACGCUCUCGACGCCGCGCAGUACAAUAAUGCGGAUUUUAAGCAGUUCUGCAACGAAGUCAUGCGCGUCAUCGCAAGAGUAGAAGGACGAUGA